AUGACCACCCAGAAAGCCAUUGUCGUUACCUCCCCGCAACAGGAGAGCCUGGUAACCGAUCGACCCAUUCCCGCUCUCCGCGAUGAUUACAUCCUGGUCAAGACGGUCGCCGUCGCCCUGAACCCCACCGACUGGAAGCACAUUGCAUUCCUUGCCCCGCCCGGCGCGUUAAUCGGAUGCGACUACGCCGGCAUCGUCGAAGAGGUUGGAAAAGCCGUCAAAAAGCCCUUCAAAAAGGGUGAUCGCGUGUGUGGAUUCACGCACGGAGGAAACGCCGUGCAGCACGAAGACGGAGCUUUUGCCGAGUACAUCGUCGCCAAGGGAGAUGUUCAGAUCCGCAUCCCCGAUAACCUCAGCUUCCAGGAAGCGGCCACGCUGGGCGUGGGUAUCUCGACGGUGGGGCAGGGUCUGUAUCAGAGCUUGAAGCUUGCGCUGCCGUCGGAGCCGAUUAAGGAACCGGAGCCGAUUCUCAUUUACGGUGGCUCGACGGCUACCGGUACGCUGGCGAUUCAGUUUGCUAAGCUGUCUGGUUAUACGGUUUUGACUACUUGUUCACCGCAUAACUUCGAUCUGGUUAAACGGCUCGGCGCGGAUGCGGUCUUUGAUUACAAAGAUCCUAAUUCGGCGGCGGAGAUUCGCAAGUACACUAAUAACAACCUGAAGUUGGUUUUUGAUACAAUUUCGCUGGAGGCUAGCUCAAAGUACUGCGAGCAGGCUAUUUCCACUGAGGGUGGUGAUUAUGGUGUUCUCCUCUCUACAUCUAUCGAUCGUGAGAAUGUCACUACUCGUUUUACACUCGCCUACACUAUUAUCGGCGAAGAGUUUAAAUUCGGCGAUAAGGUCUUCCCUGCCAGUGCGGAGGACAAGGCAUUUGCCGAAAAAUUCUGGACUAUUUCAGAGAAGCUGUUGGCUGAUGGCAAGGUCAAGGUCCACCAGCCGAAGGUGAACCCCGGAGGUUUGCAGGGUGUCUUGGAGGGGCUGAAGCUCUUGAAGGAGGACAAGGUCAGCGGGGAAAAGCUGGUGUACAAUGUUGCUGAAACGCCCUAG